UCGUGGCGCCGGCGGGGCCGGAUCCGCCUCCUCCUCCUCCCGGUGCCCCCCCCCCCUCCGCGGCCGCCAUCGCUGCCGGUACCGGAGCUCUGCCGCCAUCAUGAAGUUCCUGUACAAGGAGGAACAUCCGUUCGAGAAGCGUCGAUGUGAGGGGGAGAAGAUCCGGAAGAAGUACCCGGAUCGGGUCCCGGUGAUCGUGGAGAAGGCUCCCAAAGCCCGAAUCGGGGACCUGGAUAAGAAGAAAUACCUGGUGCCGUCGGACCUGACAGUGGGGCAGUUUUACUUCCUGAUCCGGAAGCGGAUCCACCUCCGGGCUGAGGACGCGCUCUUCUUCUUCGUCAACAACGUCAUCCCCCCCACGAGCGCCACCAUGGGGCAGCUCUACCAGGAGCACCACGAGGAGGAUUUCUUUUUGUACAUCGCCUACAGUGACGAAAGCGUCUACGGGGCCUGAGCCCCUCCCCCCACCCUCCCCCCCGCCCCUCCCC